GGACGUCGACAACGGAGUGCUGGGCGGGGCCGAUGUAGAUGGCGACGUUUAUGAGAUAGUGGAGGGUGUCGAUUACGAUUGCAUCAUCGACAGCGGUGUCGACGUCGAAAUAGAGGAGGAACCGAUGGUGGGCGAAGUGGUAGAGGGUGAGGACGGGGAGGAGGUGGUCGCGAUGGCAGCGGUGACCGUAGAGGACGGUGGUAUCGAGGUGAUCGAGGAGGAAGAGAUGGAUGAUGAGGAAGUCGGGCGCAUGAUGAGAGAUGGUGGCGGUGGUGGUGAUGAAGACGAUAGAGUCGGAGGAGCGAGAGUUAGAGUAGCAGGAGCAGAAGAGAUCGUGCUAGGAGGCGCAGUCGUUGACGACGACGAGCUACAUGGUGAUCCAUCGGAAGGGGUUAUCAUCGAUACGGCUACCGACGAGGACGAGGAGCUCCUGCUGCAUCACCAGCAUCACCAUCAUCAUCAUCAUGAGCAAAUAUUAGAGCAUCAUCACGAUCUUGAUGCGGUCGUUGAGGAAGAUCACCAUCAUCAUCACCAACAGGAGGAGGACGAUGAUCAUGAUGGAAUGCACCAGCAGCAUCAUCAUCAUCAUCAUCAUCAUCAUCAACAGCAGCAGCAGCAGCACCAUCAUGAUCAUCAGGAUGUGCAUGACUCGAUCGAGGAUCAUCAUCACGGACUUCACGUGCACCACGUUGUGGAGGAUGGCAGUGAAGAGAUACUAGGUGGUGAAGAGCUCGAAGAGCAAGAGAUAGUGGUUCAGCAUGGCUUCGUCGAUGAGGAGGAUCCAGUCACUUCAUCCGAAAAGGAUGCAACUGUAGCACAAGAAGGACGCGAAGCUGGAUUAAGCUCCGUUACUUCCGAUCACGACGAUGCCGCUGAUACUGGUGGUGCUAGUGGUGCUGGUAGUAGUGAUGGUGGGGGUGGUGGUGGUGGUAGAGGCAACAGUACCGAUCAUCCCGGUUUACCAUCGUCCUACAAACUGUUUUUCAGUUUGUAAAGUGAAGGCAGAACAGAUCCUUUGAAGAAUCUCCGGAGAAGCAAACGAUCCGGUGGAUAGAUAAUAUAUCUGUUGCUACGUACCUCGAUUUGGAGGAGGUACUGAUUUGACUCUUAAGUUUUAUGUGCUCUAGGCGCUCUAUAUUUUAAAAUGAUUUUUUUGGCAAUAUUUUCACCACACGAGGCACACAAACGUGUGUGAGUGUGACCGUGAUGUGGAUUCUAAAUUCAUGGGCGCAUAGGCGCCAGCGAAAAAAAAGUCACGCAACAGAUGGGUGGCAUCAAAGGCAUGAUUAACAGCCCAUUUUUUUCUAUUUUAUCUGUUGACUUUCUUUUCGGGCCUUUAAGUUAUGUUUGUUACAGUCUGUACAUAAUGAAUGAAACCCGUAGUCUGCAUGUGUACCGCGUGGAAACAGGCGACUCGGAAAAAAGCACGCAAGAUCACGGUAGAUCGAUCGAAGAUCACGUUUCCGGAUUUAUAAAUAGAAAGAUAGUUCAAGUUUAGGAUUAACUACAAAAGAUCCGCUUACGAUGUUCAUAGUGUGCGAUACGUAUGCGAGAUAGAGGAGGAGGAAGAGCAGCAGAAAAAGAUUCCUGUCAAGAACACGGAUCCAUUCAAGGACUGCGGUGGGCCCGCUGUAGUGUAAAUAAACGAAUAAUUAGAUUCCGUGGGGGUAGAGGGUAUUAGUUCUCAUACUCAAACAAAACAAAUCGUAAAAAUAGUAAAGUAAUUCAAUAACCUAAUCAUCGUCGUCGUCAUCGUCCACCAUCAUCCUAAAUUACAUUCACAGUUAAUCCAUUUCAAAGGCAG